CACCACGAACACCAACAAGUGUACCUCUGACAAGCACAAAAAAAAAGCCCUAUUCUACAAAAGGGCAAAAAACAAAUAAGAUAAAACCGAUACUCCCGUGACCCAAAAUGCUCGACCUAACAGGCAAAGUCGCCCUAAUCAUCGGCCUGGGCCAAACCGCCCCUCCCAAUUCAACCUCAACCUCAACCUCAUCAACAAACCAAGAAGAAAAAGAAGAAGAAACAUGGGGCAUCGGCGCCUCAAUCGCGCUCAAACUCUCCUCACGAGGCGCCCUAAUCUUCGGCGGAAACCGCUCAUUGUCCUCCGCCUCACGUACAAAAUCGCGGAUCGAAUCGGAAGGCGGAACAUGCGAUAUAUUCGCUACAGACGCGACGGAUUCGGCGUCCGUCAAGGCGCUCGUGGAUGCCUGCAUGCAUAGACACGGGCGCAUUGACAUCCUCGUGAAUAACGUGGGCAGGUCGGAGCCGGGGUGUCCGGCUGCUAUGGAGGAGGGGGUUUGGGAUGCACAGAUGGAUGUGAAUGUGCGGAGUGUGUAUCUUGCUUGUCAUUUUGUGUUGCCUGUUAUGGAAUCUCAAGCGCAGAAGAAUGGUGGAGGAGGAGGAGGGUGUGUGGUGAAUGUUGCGAGUGUCGCAGGGCUGCGGUAUAUCGGCAAGCCGCAGGUGGCGUACUCAGCUGCCAAAGCGGCCGUGAUGCAAUUUACAAAGGCGACGGCGGUGAUUUAUGCGGAGAAGGGUGUUAGACUGAAUACGGUUGUGCCGGGGUUGAUUUAUACCCCGUAUACCAGGGCCAUGGCGGGGAGGUACGCGCCUGGGGGUGAUGAGGGGGAGUAUAUGCGGGCGAGAGAUGCGCAGGUGCCGAUGGGGAGGAUGGGGAGUGCUUGGGAUGUUGCUAAUGCGGUGGUGUUUCUGGCAUCGGAUGAGGCGGGCUAUAUUACAGGGCAGGAAUUGGUUGUUGACGGGGGGUUUACAUCGUCGACUGGGAGGGUUUAAUCCAAUGUCUGCAGUGCGAUUCAGCUAUGAUUGUAAUAUCAGUCUCUUCUAAAAGUGAUAUCCGUAAUGUUAGACAGCCG